UUUCCGUGCUGUGGCCAUGCCUACCCUUGUGAUGCUUGUCACGAUGAGAAAUCGACUGACGAUCAUGUUAUGAUUUUCGCUAAUAGAAUGCUCUGCGGCUUCUGUUCUAAAGAGCAGGCUUAUUCAUCAGCCGGAUCCUGUAUUGAGUGCAAGCGCAGCAUACUCGGUGGGUCCAAUACUACUCAUUGGGAAGGCGGCAAAGGCUGCCGUAACAAGAAUCGCAUGUCGCGUAAGGACCCGAAAAAAUAUUCUAAUCAAGCCAAGACAAUUCCAAAGAAAAAUACUGGACAAAAAAAAGCGGGGCGAACAAAAUAA